CCGGUAAACCAUGUAUUCGUCGGCGAAUAUUACGAGUUAGCUUUAAUUCACGAUACCUUUAUCGGACAAGACCUUGCAUCAUUGUUGAUAUCGUGCUGCUUAUAUGUACAGUAUGCACAGUAUCAGACGUUCCCCUUUCCCCUUAGCCCGUUGCCGGUUCCGCAACUUUACGCAAGUGGGGCUUCUCCUGACACGAUAAGAGCAACGCCAUAUGAUCCCCACAUUCUUGGCUCCUUCGAUAAGCUCGUCCUUUAUGUGGCGUACUCUAAUGCGAUAGUUGCUGCAUGUGCCUAUCCGGUCCGGAGUCGGCGCUGCUUAUCGGUCUCACUCCAUUUGAAAGACGGUCGAAUUAUCGUCGUGUUGUUGUGACAGGCGGAGGCCGUACUUUGUGGGGUUUUGUAUAUAUCAACAUGUAUGCAGCAUUGAUAUGGCACUUUUGAAAAGGGCUUGCAAUUGAACACGCAAUAGCCUGCUUCUUGGGACUGCUCUGAACACAAUCC